AUGGCCGUACCCAACAGCACAACGUUCAGUCACCUCACCUUCAUCCUGGUCGGCAUCCCGGGCCUGGAGCCCUGGCACCCCUGGAUCUCCAUCCCCUUCGCGCUGAUGUACACGGCGGCUGUUGUGGGGAACUGUGGUCUCCUCCUGCUCAUCACCACCCAGCGCAGGCUGCACGAGCCCAUGUUCAUUUUCCUCUCCAUGCUGGCGGUGGCCGACUUACUGAUAUCCACCUGCACCGUGCCCAACACGCUGGCCAUCUUCUGGUUUGGACCCAAGGCCAUUUCCUUCAGUGCCUGCCUCACCCAGGUGUUCUUUGUGCACUUUGGGUUUGCUACCGAGUCGGGUGUCCUGCUGGCCAUGGGGUUCGAUCGGUACGUCGCCAUCUGUGACCCCCUGAGGUACACGACUGUCCUCACCAAUGCAAACAUUGGGAAAAUAGGCACGGCCAUUGUCAUCAAAAGCUUUUGUCUGAUUGUCCCCUUUGUCUUUCUCCUCAAACGGCUGCCCUUCUGCGCAAGCAAUGUCAUCCCGCACUCCUACUGUGAGCACAUCGGGGUGGCCAGGCUGGCCUGUGCAGACAUAACCAUAAAUAUCUGGUUUGGCUUUUCAAUGCUUCUCUUAACCUCUGUACUAGAUGUUGUGUUCAUCGCUAUGUCUUACAUGCUGAUACUCUUGGCUGUCUUCAAGUUGCCCACCAAAGACGACUGGCUGAAGGCUCUCAGUACCUGUGGCUCCCACGUCUGUAUCAUCCUCUUAUUUUACGUCCCAGCAUUUUUCACUGUUCUGACCCACCGCUUUGGCCAUAAUGUCCCUCGACACAUUCACAUCCUGCUGGCCAAUCUCUACCUGCUAAUCGCCCCCGUGCUAAACCCCUUUGUUUAUGGGAUGAAAACCAAGCAGCUGCGGGAACAAAUGAACAUGGUCUGGUUCCCAUGUUCUAGAAGGCCAGAUAAACUCCCUCCAGUUCUGCUGUGUGAGGACGGGUUUGCUAAUACCCUUGAGUCCACCAUGGACCUAGCUACCUGUGAGCAAAAGGAAAAUAAUAUUUAUGAAAUUGAGCCGGGCCUGGCGCCCAAGCGGAGCUCUCAGCGCCCCAUGGAGGCACCCAACAGCACAACGUUCAGUCACCUCACCUUCGUCCUGGUCGGCAUCCCGGGCCUGGAGCCCUGGCACCCCUGGAUCUCCAUCCCCUUCGCGCUGAUGUACAUGGUGGCGGUCGUGGGGAACUGUGGUCUCCUCCUGCUCAUCGCCACCCAGCGCAGGCUGCAAGCUCUCACACCAGGGACGCAGGGUGUGAUUUGGAAGUGA